AAUUCAACAGUUCAUUUUUCAGUCAUUCAGUCAAGUCAAAUCAGUUAAUUUUGGACCGCGUGACUGUCAUUGUUGCUGUUAAUACUAAAGUCGGUAUUAAUAAAAAGUUUUAUUGAAUUAUAAGUGAAACUGGGAUAUUUUGGAGCCGGAAUAACGAUGAAUGUGUAUAUUAUGGCCGGAUUUACCGUACUUCUAUGUGUAAUUCUACACUUCAUAUACAAGACCAUCUUCGGCAAUAGAAAAUGCGAUGUGCAAAGUGAUGAAACUGAGAGCGUAACAGGUGCUCUGACGGAGCCAACAUCUGAAUCUACCACAGCCGAGAACCGACCAAUCGGAAAGAACAAGAAACGAACAGCAUGGAAGGGAAAAAACGACUUCAGCCAUCCCUGGCUACUCAAGAAUCUCAAAGGGCAUCCGGGCACGGUUCUUCUCAUGGAUUUCUCUGCGAAUGGGAAGUUUAUGGCCGCUACCUGUAAUGAUGGAUCAGUCAUUCUGUGGGACAUUCGAGACCUGAACGUCAAGGAGCACAAGACGUUACGAGUGAACAUUCAGUUCGACUACGCAUCCCACGUGGCCUGGAGUCCGGACUCGAAAGCCUUCUGCGUGCACACAGUGAGGGAGAACCAUAUAGUCGUGUACAAGAUUGAAAAGAAGAAGGAUGGCACCAUUGGCGGUGCUAAUCCUGUCAUAACAUUCGAUAAGGCCCACAAAGAAGAUGUCGUCGGAUUUGGGAUAUCGAGCAACGGCAAGUUUAUGAUGUCCUGUUCACAUGACAGCGAGAUGAUAAUUUGGGACCUCAAAGGUCAACAGCUCGAUCGUCUCGACACUUACCUCAUGAGCACGUACACAGCCAAAAUAUCACCGUGCGGUCGCUUCGUAGUCGCCACCGGCUUCGCCCCGGACGUCAAAGUGAUGGAAGUGUGUUUCACAAAAACCGGAGAGUAUAAACAAGUUGCAAAAGCGUAUGAAUUGACGGGACACACAUCCGGUGUGUAUGACGUGGCCUUCGCUGUGGACACUUCACACAUUGCAACGAUAUCGAAGGACGGCACGUGGAAACUAUAUCACACGAGGAUCGAGUACGCCCGAGGCGAGUCACCGCAUAUCUUGGAGUCGGGCAGGUACACGCAGACCGGGAUACCGCCGCGGAUAGCGCUGUCUCCCAACGCGGAGGUGCUGGCCGUCUCCUGCGGCCCUAACGUCGAGUUCUACGACACUUACACAGGAAAACUGUACGACACAGUGGAAAAUGUUUUCGCAGACGGUAUAAACCAGAUGUGCUUCGACCCAGCGAGCAAAUAUCUAUUCGUGUGCGGCGAGCGAGCGGUGCGAGUCCUACACAAUGUCUGCGGGUACCACACCACCAUCAACUCUUGCGCGCGGCUGCUGGGCUCCAAGCAGACCUCCGCCACCGUCGAGCGCCUCAACAACACCAUCAAAGACUGCAAGGCCACACUAGCCAAGUUUGGCAAGUAAAACUAAGUAUAAACAGAGAUGGCGAACCACUGGUAGCAAAUAUUGAAAUACCUUUAUUUCAGGCAUGCCAACUAACUUCUAUACUACAGCCUUUCUUGAUAAGUACUGAUUACCAACAAAGAAAUUAGAAAUGAAGGUAGAAAACGCAUGUCAUUUCAUAACUUAUUUAUUUUAAAUUAUGUAUGGUUUGUUUAUAAAAUAUAUUAACCCUAACUAAUUGUUCUAAGCUUAUUCAUCAAAUUUAUUUACAUAAAUUUAAGAACCACUUAAUUAUAAUUAUUAUUAGAUGUGAAAUGACUAGUGAUUUAUACCCUCAUUUUUAAUUUGUUUGUUGGUAAAACCAAUUAAUUUGUGUUUAAAAGUUACAAUUUUUGUUAUAAAAUAAAUAAAGUAAGCAAGAAAGGUUCGCCAUCCCUGAAAUAUUUCAAUAUAUUAAAAAAAUAUAUUACUUUAAUCUUAAAUAUGAGCAUUUGUGUCAUUAAGAGUUGAAUUUGAAGUUAUUAGAAUAUAUUCAAUCUUUAUUUUAUUAUCACCAUGUUUUACCGUACGGCAAAGACAACUUUGUGAGUAAUUCAUGUGUUUAUAGAAGAGAGAAGCAAGAAAGUGAAAUUAUAUGCAAUUAUUUCAAAUUAUAAAUGUCAGAUUCAACCAUAAAUAUUAUAUACAGGAUGCUGGGGAGUAUUUCCCAUACCUCUGGCCCUAGGGAUAUAAUCGAAAAUUCUUCACCGAAAAUAAAUUUGAAAGUUUCUUAGAAUAUGUGGUCUUAAAUUAAUAUUUUCGGAGUAAAUAGGUAGAUCUUAAAAUGUGUCCCAUAUACGCAACCUUAUAAUUUUAACGUAGCCAAACUUUAAAUUUUGAUAGAUAGAUAAAGGCGAUCAAUUUAUUUAUUUGCAGAUACAUGCAUUAUAUAUACAGGUGGUCGGUAGAUAAAUUACUUAGUAUGAAAACAUAAAAUGUUUUUAUUUUUUAGUUACAAAACUUAGCAUUAGUUAUACAGUUCGGCUCCUAUAAGUACACUUAUCAACAACUUGAAGUUAUGGGAAAUACUCCCCAGCACCCUGUAUACCAGGUAUCUACUUAAAUUACCUAUAUAAAAUUAUUGUUUAAAUUAAAUAUGAAGCACAUCCAAAUUGCCAAAGAUUUAUGGUAAUUUUCGCCUUACUUCUCCCUUUAGUGACACAAAUUACCAAUUUCUAUUGUUUUGUAUCUUACUUAUUUUGAUUAGUUAAUUAUUUGAAUUCAGGUAAUUGAGUGAAAAUUGUUGGCCGUACAUUUAUAAUAAUCUAAGAAAAAUUGCUAUUCUAUUUCUUCCCAGUGUUGCUGUGCCUAUUAAACGUAAUAUGUAUUUUUACAAUUAGGUAUACUUUUAUGUUAUGAUCCAUCUCUGAACUAAAUAUUGUGAUGAAAAAAAAUAAGAUUCACUGGUUUUGAUAAAUACAAUGUUAGAUAAAGUUACCUUUCGUCGUCAUCAACCCAUAUUCGGCUCACUGCUGAGCUCGAGUCUCCUCUUAGAAUGGGAGGGGGUUAGGCCAAUAGUCCACCACGCUGGCCCAAUGCGGAUUGGCAGACUUCACACACGCACAGAAUGAAUAUAAUUCUCUGGUAUGCAGGUUUCCUCACGAUGUUUUCCUUCACCGUUUAAGACACGUGAUAUUAAAUUUCUUAAAAUGCACACAACUGAAAAGUUGGAGAUGCAUGCCCCGGACCGGAUUCGAACCCACACCCUCCGGAAUCGGAGGCAGAGGUCAUAUCCACUGGGCUAUCACUGCUCCGCCUGCUCAAUUAACGUGUAAUUGAAUACAAAUGAUGUUAAACUUUUUUUGAGUUAUGUACAUACUUCUUCUUGUAAUCUUAAUGUAUGUUCUAUAGUCUACCAACGAUGUAUGCCUCAUAGGUCCAGUGGAUUUCGUUGCUUCGAAUUACGAGGAUCUGAUAAUAUUAUGUUCUUUACUUUCUUCCAACAAUUUCUUAGAAGGUUCCUAUAAACUUCACGACGGCUUUAACGUGAUUGCUUGCUUUCAAUUUCGGGGUUUUUUAACGAUGAUUUUAUAGCUAGUGCAAAUUCACUACAGGUGAAUUAAUAACUUGCGAGUUAUACAAAACAUCAUUACAGAAUAGCACUACCGUGACAAUUGAAUAUUCCCUGAAUGAACGAAAAUAAAUCUUAAAACCAGAAUAAAGGAGCCAGGUUUCGAAUCCUGCAUGUGUAUAUUUGCAUUAUGUGUAUUCGUAUUCGCACUGGUGAAGCUAUGAAGCUCAGACUUUUUUAAAAUAAUAAGUAUUUACUUGAACUAUACGUGUACGGAUAUAAAGUAUACCUACUGUAUAAAGGAAAUGGUCAAUUGCAUUUAUUUUUCGUAUUAUUUUAAUUUUAGUCGAUAAUAAUAAUAUUAAUAUAAUAAUCUUGCAGUAAAGACAUUUGUCUACUUUUGCAUUUAUAAAAAAAAUGUUGAUACCUACCUACAUUUGUAAAUAGUGGUUGUAGUGCGCGCAAGAUAAGUGUACGCGUGGGCAAAAUUGGAACUAAUGAAAAGUGCCUCCAUCUUGUCGUCUAUCUCUAUCUAUCUCUUGGCGGGUAAAAGAGAUCACUAACAACAUAUUUAACACUAAUAGCAGAAUUAUCUUGCGCGCACUCUACCUAACCUUCUAGAAGCGACAUAAAGUUCAGAUUUUUUUAUUGACGAUAAGUACUUGUGUUCAAGGAUAUCACUAUAAGGAUAAUAGAACAAAAUGAUAAUUUUGUAUAAUAUUCUUAGUGUUUCACUCGUUAAAGUUGGUCCAAAAAUAAGUCAAUGUGAUUCAUAACUUAGUAUUUAUAAUAAAAAAGUUACAAAAUUAUUUUUUAAAAACUUAUGUUUUUAUGUUACUUCAAUAUUUUAUUGUACUUACUUACCCACCAGGGGCGUAGCGACCGUAUCAGCCGUAUCAAUGAUACGGGCCCCUUACGUUUGAAAGUAAAAAUGUUAUCCACAAUCUCACUUAAUCUGACACUUCCCUAAAAAUACGCCUAUAGUUUUCACUUCAGAAAUGAUAAAAAAUAAAAAAAACACUCUUUUCCCGGGUUGACACUCUUAUGAGUGCUCCAAAAGUUGGAAACAUCCUACAUAAAUUAAAUCAGUGUUAUAUUUAUUUUAGAAAGUAUUUUUGUUUUGAGAAUUGAGAGAAUUUAAGUGAGAAUUCUUUACCGUUCAUUUGGGGCCCUCAACUAUUUUUGAUAUAGGGCCCCACCGAGGCACGAUACGCCACUGAUACCCACUACAAACCAGUUAUAAAAUAGUUUCGAGGCCUAUCAUUAAUUUUCUGUUUCAGUGUUUAGAGUUUAGGCCCUUCAAUACCUACUAGAUUCUGAAGAAUUAAUUUACCUACGUAUUUUCUUUAUAAUUAAGCAAAAAAAUCUAAAGACUGGAUAAUUAUAAUGUAAAAAAUUAUAAAGUAAUGAGUUAAUUUGUUAAUUUUGGCGUAUUGUAUGUAUUCUAAAUUGUAGGAAAUUAAUUAUUCCAAAUUUUUCAUGGGAUUUUUUUACGAUUGAGUUUUAUGUUAAUUGAUUUCAUUAUUAGAUUAUUCAUUAAUUCUUUUGCUUAUAUUUCUUAUAUUUUUACAAUACAAACAUUAUGUUAAUUGUUUUAAUUUAAGAAAUAUAAGUAGCCUAGUCUUCUUUUGUGUAGAAGUCUAUCUUCUUACCUAUUGCUUGUUCAAAAUUAAUGCAUGCUGAUUUGAAGUGAAAAAAUAUAUAAGGAAAUAAUUUUACAAAACCUUACUCUUGUAUUAUCUGAAUAUUGAAUAAAUGCAUUUAUUUUUCA